UAAUCGCUACAAACGCAUAUAGCUUCCUGAAAACUCCCAGCGUGGAGCUGGAAUUUUCAGUUUUACUGUGUGCUGUAUUUCUUGUAAUUUGUCAUCCGCUAGUGUGAUGUCUUAUUGGAUCCGUACUGAGUAAUUAUCGUCUGCAUACAUUCUCGGAGCCAGUCAGGAUAGUCUAAGGUGGUGUCAGAUUGGUCGUAUCACUGCCUUCAGUGCAGAAGAGUUCGAGUUUAUAUAGUUUUCCGUUUGGAAAGCGCUGUGGGUCUGAUUAGUUUGUCUUUUUUUCUCCUUUCCUACAAGUGGGUUGAACUAUAGUGGUAGGACCAGGAGCUCCUUCCUUUAGUUAGAAGUAUGGUGUUAAGAUGUUGCAGUGAAAGCCCCCAUGAAAAGAGUAUUGCUUAUGUUUAAGCCGGAGAAAAAAGGCUAAUAUUUUGCUCAUUGAUACAUCACCAGAAGGCAUUUGGUGCCUUGAAACUUCCGGUCCUUUUCUGAAUCUGAAGCAUUGGAUUAUAAUUCAGUCACUACUGUUAUGGUCGCCACAGUGUCGUUAUUAAAUGCUGAGAGAAAUUUAUCACAUAAAAGAAAUGAUUGAGUCAGUCAAAUUAAGAAGACAGUGCAUGCUGGAUUUCUACUCAUAUUAUGAACAUCUUUGUGAACUUCAAGGCUCUCUCCCACUGAAAUCUGUGAAGGCUAACAUGACUCGUGGUGCUGUUAAUCUAAUAGUAGAUCACAUUAAAGCUACUGAUUGGGCACCACUUCUUAAUGCGCUCAGGCAUAAUAAGACUCUGACUUCCAUUGGAAUAAGAAGUUUACAUCACCACAGUCUUGAAGAAUCAGUAGGUGUUGAAAGAUACAAAACUCAUUUUAAAAGGAGAAUUCCAGCAACUCUAUCAAAAGACUUGACUGGCCAACUAUGCAAAGCUGUGAAAGGCUGUCUCAGUAUAUCAGAUGUACUAAAAAAUUUAGACCUACAGGGUUUGCUUCUGAGGGAAAGAGAUCUAGCACUUUUAACAAAGGGCUUGGCCACAGCUUCAUCCCUGGAGAGUGUCUCUUUAGCCCACUGUCCAAUUGGAGAUGGAGGGUUGGAAAAAAUCUGUCAGAGUAUAAAGAAUACAGCUACUAUCAGAUUUGUAAACUUCACGGCAUGUAGCCUCACAUGGCGAGGGGCAGAACAUAUAGCAAAUUUAUUAAAGCACCAGGCAAUAAGAAGACACGGUGAAGCUUGGGCUGAAAGCCUACGUUACAGGAGACCUGACCUUGAAUAUAUGUCAGGUUUGAGGAGGAUUACUUUGAACUGCAACAUGCUUGUUGGAGAUAGAGGAGCAAGUAUCUUGGCAGAGUGUCUAGGAGAGGACCUUUGGCUAAAAGCACUUGAUUUGCAGCAGUGUGGAAUAUCCAAUGAGGGAGCCAGGUCAUUAUUAGCUGCUCUUCAAGCUAAUACAACAUUAGUGGUACUUGACAUAAGAAAAAAUCCAUUAAUUGGUCAUGUUCUGGUGAAAAAAAUUAUUGAAAGAGCUCUUAAGAAUGGAAACAGUGCUGAUUCAGAGUUUAAGUGGCUGAUGUCUCCAUCUUCCAAAGAUGCUUUGAAAACUAAGCCAAAGAAAAGAACUAUUGUCCUAGGAAGUGGUCGGAAAGGAAAAGCUACUAUUCGUAUUGGAUCAUCAUCUAAAAAAUCUGUAAAUCCUGGGAAAAAAAAUUCCACUGUGAGAGAGAGUUACUCACCAAAACCACUACCACCAGGCACAAAGGGCUUCCUUCCGUGGCGGACUGCAGAACGUGCAAAGAGAUGCAGAGGCGGGGCAGUGGAAUGUGCUGGAGAAUUGCCAUUGCAGAUUCAGGGAGGUGUUCCUGUGAAAGUGACGUUAGAAAGUGCCUCCACAUCUGAAACUGAAGACACAGAAGAUUUAGAGUAUGUUAUCCAGCGGCCUGAUUUGGCAGAAUCAUUAGAUAAGACAGAUAUAGCACAAUAUCAACAGUUACAGUUGGAGCUGGAAGAAUGCAUGGAAAAACUAAAGGAAGAACAGAAAGCUAGAGUAAAGGUUGAGGAACGAUUACUAGAGGUAAAGCUGGAAAUUGAAAAUGCAAGAUUAAGGAGUCUAAAUAUCUCCCUAUCCAAGGUUCUUCAUUCACAGUCAGUAACCAGCAUGAUUUUGGAAGAUGAAGGUAUUCUAGGCAGCAUUGAGAGCUCUUUCCAAAAGUUUCAUGCUUUUUUAGACCUCCUUAAAGAUGCUGGGCUUGGACAACUUGCUGUAGUAGCUGGGAUAGACCAAUCAGAUUUUGGUAUUUUGGGGCAUCCACAAAUGAAUUCUACUCUCAGUAAGCCUGUGAACAUGGUAAUGGAGAAGUCUUUUGAAGAGGAAAGACAGGAACAUACUGAGAAUAGCAAAACCAGAGCUGGAGAUGUCCAACUUCCUCCUUCUGGCACGUUUCAAUCCCAGAUAUUUGUGAAUAAUGCCUUUUCAUCACUUAGAGAAAUAAGAGAAGUUCAAGCUGCUGGACAGCCGUAUCAACCAGGUUUGUGGAAGGAAAAUGAAGCUCAAAUAAUUAACCAAAAUAAAGAAGAUAAGCCUGGAAGUACUACUCCAGUAUUAUCUGAGAGGAGGGUCAAACAAAAUGAACAAGCAAAAGGACGUCACUCAGCAAGGCAGUUGACUACCAGUCUGCAUUCAUAUUCUGAUUCCAGUUUACAAAUCAAAAGUGAUGAUAGCAGAAUAUCCAGUGAUAUUCCUGGUGAAAAAAGCCAAAAUUACUCCUCCAAGAAAUACAUCUCUGUAGCAAAUGAAACAGCAACUCCAAGUAACGGAAUGAGAGGAGACAAAAGUAGACUGCAGGUAGUAAAUGUUAACUCUGGAACAGAUACUGUAGGAUCUGGGUCUGAAAUACAGGAAAGUAUACAAAGUGUUGCCAGCAUUUGAAAUGGUUCUAAAAUGUUUGAACUGUUUUUUACACUUGCAGGAUUAGGUUUUGGGUGUUUCAGUAUAAUGAGUAAGUUUUUUGUAAAGUUUUAUAGACUUAAUGACUUUUUAAAGCAUUGCAUACUGCUCAGUAUUCCUGGUUCAUAUUUUCAUUCCUUCGCACUAGAUUUUUAGUUUUGAAAACAUGUGAUACACCUAAAAUGGUACCCAUCAGUUUGUAAAACAUAUAAGGCAUUCUUGACAUACGGAUUUCAUUAUCACAGAUUUUUCUUGAGCUAAUAAAAGUUAAUUUGAGUACAGUC